AUCUGAAGAUAUUAGUGAGCUGCAAAAGAAUCAAACUACAGCUAUGGCCAAAAUUGCACAAUACAAAAGGAAACUCAUGGAUCUUUCCCAUAGAACCUUACAGGUCCUAAUCAAACAGGAAAUUCAAAGGAAAAGUGGUUAUGCCAUCCAAGCUGACGAGGAGCAGUUGCGAGUUCAGCUAGAUACAAUUCAGAUAGAACUCAAUGCACCUACUCAGUUCAAGGGCCGACUAAACGAACUAAUGUCCCAAAUCAGGAUGCAGAAUCAUUUUGGAGCAGUAAGAUCUGAAGAAAGGUAUUACAUAGAUGCAGACUUGUUACGAGAAAUCAAGCAGCAUUUGAAACAACAACAAGAAGGCCUCAGCCAUUUGAUUAGCAUCAUAAAAGACGAUCUAGAAGAUAUAAAGUUGGUAGAGCAUGGAUUGAAUGAAACCAUCCACAUCAGAGGUGGUGUCUUUAGUUGACAAUUCAUAGACUUGUGUCAAAGAUUUGUGAAAUGCAUCCUACUCCAUUAGGCCUUCCUUAAUGAAACUGACCACACGGAGGAAAAAGCAAUCCAAUCCUCUCCUGGCUUGGUUUUUUUUGAGAGGGUUACUGAGAAAUUACUGUUCGUCAAAUCCGAAAUAUCAUAGUCACCUCACAGCUCUUCAAAGAAAACUUUUGAAAGAUUUAUUAUCUAAAAGCUAUAUUUACUUUAAAAAGUGCAUAACUACCAAAAUGAUAUGUACUAUUGUACAUUUUUACAAUAGCAUUUUCUUACACAUAAUCAGUGUUUCAUGAUUAUUGUCUAUUGAGCCUGUACUCUGCUUUUCAUAGUCAGUAAAUAUGAAAUAUCUACUUUGCACAUAGCAAAAUAAACUGUAUAAAUACUUGACUGUUGAAGAUGUGUACUUCAGAGUGUCCAUGUGCAUCAGCUUUUAUAUUUGUGGAUUCAUCUGUGGGAGGAGUAAAGAAAAUCCUAAAGUAUUUAAUGAUUGACAUGGUUUUCUUUUUGUUCUAUAAAGAUCUGAAAAUAUAUUUUUAUAUUAUUUUACUUAUUUGGAAUUUACAGAACACCUAAGUAAUUGGGAUGUAACAAAAUUACUUAAUGUUUUUGCAACCUUUUUGUUUUUUAAACCUUUUUAUUUCUAAAAAAGAUGAAAACUUAUAAAUAAACUUAAUUUGUAAUUACUUUUA